AUGGGAUGUUUUCCAAGUCGGCCUGCUGCUAGUGCUACACCAACUAACGACAAACCUACUACUAGUCAUCGAGCUACGACUAUAGGUGAAAAUUCCUCAAGGCAAAGAAGACAAAAAGAUUUCGAAGCAACAGAAGAAGAAGCCACUGAGAUGUACGAUGUUUUUAUGAAUGGAAACAAACCUGAUGAAAUAAUACAAAAAGGCAUACCUUUGGAUACAAUUGCGAGUAAAUGGAUGCAACCACCAAUUAUGAAAUCUAUGGACGAGAUUAAUGAUAAAAAUUUCACUUUUACGAUCAAACCGUGGAAAUAUGAUUCAUCUCGACCAAAUAGAGAACCGAAGCCUGACAAUAAUGAAAAUACUGAUAAUGAUCUAUGGGAUGAUGAUCAUGUUCGUAUGCCAUGGUCACGAUUCUAUAUAUCUAGUAAAGGAAAACCUAUAUGGCCUAACAUUUGCCAAUGGUUGAGUUCUCUCAAAGAUAAAUGCGAUAAUCAAGUGGCUAAGUUUAAAGAUUUAAAAGCCACAAUUGAAACUUGUAAUGAUCGUGAUUUUGAUAUGAAAUGUUUAGAGGAGUUGAUUAUGAAAAUCUAUUCUAAUGAGGAUCGUAAUUAUUUCAUGUAUAUUACUCUAUCUAAAAUGUGUGAUCUUGUAUUGACUCUUAAUUCAAUUUGCUCUCAACCAUUACCACUAUUACGUAUUGGAACAAAUCGUUCAAUUACAAUGUCACAACAACAAGUUGCUUCAUUAUUAGCUUGUGCAUUUUUCUGUUUAUUUCCAUAUCGUUCUUAUCAGAUCCAAAAGAAAGAAUAUGAAAAUUAUCAAGAUCCAAAUUUUGAAACAUUAUAUCAAAAAGGACCUCCACAGAAAAUAGAAAAACUCAAAUGUAUUUUACAUUAUUUUCGACGUGUUACACAAAAGAUGCCUAAUGGUGUUAUUACUAUUCAACGUUUUGCAUUAUCUAAACAUCGUUUUCCACAAUGGUCUGAUUUACAAACAGGUCUCUGUGAUUUACAUUUGACAACGGGCAAAAGAAUCGAAGAUAUCAAUGGUGCAUUACAAGUUGAUUUUGCCAAUAAAUAUAUUGGAGGUGGUGUUUUAGGUGGCGGUUGUGUACAAGAAGAAAUUCGUUUUACGAUUUGUCCUGAAAUGCUUGUUAGUUUACUUGUUUGUGAAAGAAUGGAACCAAAUGAAUGUAUUUUUCUUAUUGGAUGUGAACGAUAUUCAUCAUACAGAGGUUAUGCUAAGUCAUUUCAAUUUGAUGAAGACUAUGAAGAUAACACACCGAGAGAUAAUUGGGGUCGAAGAUGGUGUCAUGUAGUAGCUAUGGAUGCUAUUUAUUUUCGUAAUCCGUCAGAUCAAUAUCAAAUGAAAGCUGUUGACCGUGAAUUACUUAAAGCCUACACAAGUUUUAGUCCACUAGGAAAGGGAUCAGAUUAUGAGUUUGCUAUUGCUACUGGAAAUUGGGGUUGUGGAGCAUUCAAUGGUGAUAAACAAUUGAAAGCAAUUAUUCAAUUGAUGGCUGCUUCCGAAGCUAGACGUCCACUUAUAUAUGCAGCCUAUGGUGAUAAAAACUUGAUCACAUCAUUCUCUGUUGUUUAUGACUACUUGAAAAAUCAAGGAGCAACAGUGGGAGAUUUAUAUUAUUAUCUGAUUCGAUAUUAUCGUAAACCGCAUCGAGAUUCAUUAUUUGAGUACAUUUUUACGAUACCUGUUUCGAGUCUUAGAUGUUAA